AUGAAGGACAGUCUCGUUUCGGGUGGUGCGAAUCUGUACUACGACUUGGGGGAAUAUGGACGUGAAAUCCAGACGACAUCCCAAGAAGCGCGAACGUGGUUCAAUCGUGGUCUCGUAUGGUGCUACUCCUUCAACCACGAAGCGGCCACGCAGUGUUUUGAGACGGCAGCUGUACAUGAUCCCGAUUGCGCAAUGGCUUAUUGGGGGAUUGCAUUCGCUGUGGGUCCCAACUACAACAAAUCGUGGCGCAUGUUUACUCUGGACGAUCGCCGAAGCUCCCUUGAAAAGAUACACGGUGCCUUAGAGCACGCUGAGAGAGUUCAGGUCGAUGUACCACCUAUGGAAAAAGCACUUAUCACCGCACUCACCGUUCGCUUUCCACGCAGUAACGUGGGCAACCCAGACGACUUAUCUCGGUUCGACUAUGCCUACGCAGAAGCUAUGCGUUCGGUCUAUGAAGCGCAUGGAGAAGACCUCGACGUGAUGACCCUAUUCGCCGAUGCCAUCAUGUGCACUCGUCCGCGUCGGCUCUGGGACCUUAACACCGGAAAGACUACUGGGACAGACAUAGAUGAAGCUAGAGCCGCGCUGGAGAAAGGCCUGGCGCGCGCCGACGGACGCAACCACCCAGGCCUGUGUCAUUUGUACAUUCACAUGAUGGAAAUGUCGCCCUUUCCCGAAUUGGCACUGAAUGCAGCUGACAGUCUGCGACGGCUUGUACCAGAUGGGUCGCACAUGCAACACAUGGCGACACACAUCGACACCGCCUGCGGAGACUAUCGUCGAUCUGUCGAUUCCAACUUCGACGCCAUACGUGCGGAUGACAAGUAUUUCUCGAGCGGAGAUGCAGCUGCUCUCAUCUACAACGCCUAUCGAUCACACAACAUCCACGCUAUGGCGUACUCUGCAAUGAUGUCCGGCCGGUCUGUUGAUGCGCUCUAUGCUGCAAGACGUUUGCCUGAAGUCUUAACGCUGGAAUUCAUGUCCAUUAAAACACCACGCAUGGUAGACUGGACUGAGUGGCAAUUGGUGACAUUACCUCAUGCACUGAUCCGUUUCGGUCAAUGGGAAGAGAUUCUUGAGCUUCGAACGCCGGCAAAUGCGGGUCUGCUUUACAUUUCGACAGCAACAGUGCAUUAUGCAAAAGGUAUCGCUCUAGCAGUACUUGGUCGAAUUGACGAGGCAUGCCGUGCAAGAGACGCCUUCGAAGAGGCUCGUCUGGCUGUACCCGAAUAUCAUAUGUACGGCCCUUCUUCGACGGCAGCGCCAGUGUUAGCUGUUGCGUCAGCUAUGCUUGAGGGAGAGUUGGAAUAUCGUAAGGGUAACCACAUCAAGGCAUUCUCUGUCUUACGCCACGGCAUCGAUUUGGAGGAUAAUCUCGCUUACGCGGAUCCACCGCUCUGGAUGCAACCCGUUCGACAUGCUCUAAGUGCUCUUCUCCUCGAACAAGGCCACUCUGAGGAAGCCGAGCAACUCUAUUUGGAAGAUCUGGGAUUCAGUGAUAACCAUCCUCGUCGAAAGGCACGCAUCAAUAACGUAUGGGGUUUACAUGGCCUUCACGAAUGCUUCAUACGGAAUGGAAAGGAAGAAAAGGCUAGAAGUAUCCGCCUCCAGCGAGACAUUGCUAUGGCUUCCGCCGAUGUUCCUAUAAAAGCUUCGUGUUUCUGUCGGCUCACAGCCUUGAAUGGUAAAAGUGGCUGCCAUUCCCCUCGAAUCCCACUUUGUUAG